CCGCUCUCUCCAGUGGUUUUAACUUCACAACCAGACAACCCAACUCAACCCCCUCGCCGGGCACCGGAGAAUGAAUAUUCCGGCGAAUGUUGUCCUAUUCUUCGUCCUCGCCGUCGUCUUCCUUGAAAAAUCUGGUUUUCGCUAGAGAAAGGUAACCGUUUUUUCUACAAGAAAUUUUACGGGUCUUGAUUAGUUCUUUGGAUUAGAAUAGGAAAAGUGAGAAGAGAAACGGUGAUGAUGAUGAUGAUGAUCGGUAAACGCCUGUGAGAUUGUAUUAAUCGUGUGUUUAAGCCUGUGUCUUGCAUUAAUUUUGUGGUUCAGUGCUAUCAUUGUUUAUGCUGGAGUUUCUGAGAGUCAUUGAUUGGAGGUACAGUUUUUGAUGUUUGAUUGGCUCUUGUUACCUUAGCAAACAAGCGUCUUUAAGAGCUCUGAGCAAAUGCAGUACUGAAAGAGUAUAAUUAGGCGGAGCAGGGUUUGAGAUACAGAGAGGGUGAGAGGGAGGGGAAGAACCUUUUUAUAGUUGACAGCCGUAGCACGCCUUUUCCGAUGAAGAUUCAACCUCUCGAUUCUGAAGCGCUGCAAGAGCCGAUUCUGAACGACUCCGCCAAACCUGUGAUAAAAUCGCGCCUCAAGAGGCUCUUCGAUUGGCAGUUACCCAGUGUUCUGCGGAUUUCGUCCACGGAGAAGCCGCCUGCGGCCGGCGAGCCCCCGUACGGAAAGGAUGGAGGAGCGGCCGAGUUCGAGCCGAGUUCUGUGUGUCUGGAUAAAAUGGUGCAGAAUUUCUUCGAGGAGACAAACGAGAAACAAUUGGCUCCCAAAUGUGGCCGCAAUCGCUGCAAUUGCUUCAACGGCAACAACAACGAUAGCUCCGACGAGGAAUUUGACAUCUCUGGCGUUUUCGGUGACUCCAUCCCAACCGCUUCUUUUGGUGAUUCUCUCGAUAUGCUCAAGAGUUUGAUUCCUUGCCCGACCGUCGCCGAGAGAAAUCUCUUGGCCGACACUUCGAAGAUCGUGGAAAAGCAUAAAACCUGCAAGCGGAAGGAUGAUCUGAGAAAAAUCGUCACGGACAGCCUAAUGCUUCUCGGUUACGAUGCUUCAAUCUGCAAAUCGCGUUGGGAAAAAUCCCCCUCGUUCCCAGCGGGGGACUACGAGUACAUAGAUGUGAUUGUGGAAACGGAGAGAGUGUUGAUAGACAUCGAUUUCAGAUCGGAGUUCGAGAUAGCUCGAUCAACUGGGAGCUACAAAACGAUCCUCCAAUCUCUGCCGCACGUUUUCGUCGGCAAAGCUGAUCGUCUCCAGCAAAUCGUCGCGAUCGCAUCGGAGGCCGCCAGACAGAGCCUGAAGAAGAAAGGGAUGCACAUCCCUCCGUGGCGCAAGGCCGAGUACAUGAAAUCCAAAUGGCUUUCGCCUCACACCAGAACCACCGCUCCUCCGGCGAACGACGCCGUCAAGACGGUUCACUCCCCGGCCGCGAACCCGCCGUCCGAGGCAACAACGGAGAGCGAGUCCGGUGAGUUAGAGCUGAUCUUCGGCGAGAACACUGAGGAAAUCGCUGCAGGCCAAACCGAGCCGCCGUCCCCAGCCGCCAAUCCUCGAGAGGAUUCGCCGGUUAUGGCGUGCGCAUGGCAGCCGCCGGCCAUAAAACCGAAGAGCUACGAGAGAGCGGCCAGGACCGUCACCGGACUAGCGUCUCUCCUCAGGGAGAAACCCUGAAAGAUUUUGGAUUUUUUUUUUUCCGCCCUCAGUUUUACUAUUUUCCGAAAAUCAAAUACAUAAAUAUAAAAAAGUACAGAGAACCAACUCCGGAGGAGUACACCACAGCUUCGGGUGACAGUAAAAUCUCCUUAUCCCCCUUAAUUUUUGUUCGUAAGGGUAUGUAAGAAGCAAAAUCAGUGUUCAGCCUUCUCAUCAAGUCGGAAUAAAUUAUCCCCAAAUUUGCAAGCUA